AAAGGGGCAUCAUCUAUAGAAUCUUCAACUUUCUGAUGAGGAAGAUCAAAACAUCCAUAGUCUUAGGAAGCAGGUGUCGGCAAACGUUCCUCAUCCCAAUCCUGCUCACCAUCUGCUUUUUGUAAAUAAGGUUUUAUUGGAACACCACGCCACAUACUCGUUUAUGUGUUGUCUGUGGCUGGAUUUGCUGUACAGUGACCGAGUGUAUCCAGACACUUCACUGGCACUGGAGAAAAGAUGGAAAAGGCGGCAUUUCCAGUAUUCAAGGAGCCCAUUUGGUUGAAAAGCAAUAAAGAAAGCAAAUGAAGGCAAUGGAAAACUGAAGAUGAGAAAAAGGGAGUAGAGCGACCUGAAGGAAGAAGGGGAAGUAUGGCCACCCCAGUCGGCAUGAUGGGGAGCAUUGUACUGAUGCUAAACAAAGUAUGUAUGUGCUCAUUAACAUAGCAUUUUUAAGUUCCUGUUUGGAAACAAGAAGAGUAAGCUUUGCCCAAAAUGAUACUGUCCAGUGUUCAUCACAUUAUUUGCCUGACUUGCUUCCUCACUGGCUGGCAAAUUGGUCUCUCUGAAUCAGCUCCACAUACUACUACCCUGCUCGCUGAAUUAUGAAAACGGCAGCAACGUGUACCAUAGCUAAUAGCUGCCUGUCACGGAAAAGCCUCCAGAAGUUUGCUGAAAAGCUAUUUGGACAAUAAAAGCAGGACUGAAAAGUACUAAUAACAGAGGAUCUGACAAACUGAAGGUCUCCGCCCGGGCAAGGAAACAGCCUCCUUUCAACGUUUACAUGCGCUUAAUUUUAGUGCUCUUGAGGACUCGGAGAGGAACAGGACUUCGUACAAUCAAGUGUUACUGGACAAGUAGCUUAAAUAUUUCCUGAGCGCCUUCUUCGGGGCCCCUUCGGGGUUCCAGAGAAGAAGCUUCUCCUGUGUCUGCACUACGACGUUGCGGCCCUGCCAGACGUUGCCCACCGACACAAGGCGGCGGGUCCACGGCUUCCCCGGCAGCAGGGGCGGCGGCGGGGGCGGGGCGGGGGGACCGCUCCGGAAGUCGCCCUGCCCGCGCGCCCUGAGCGUCCGGUUGCCCGGGAGACGCCGUGGCCUUCCGCUCCGCCGUCGCCGUGCGGGUGGCUGCCGGCGCACAGCGACCCCCGCCGGGUUGGGGCCGCUCGGGGCUGCGCGAGAUUACGUCGCCACGGUCUGGGUCCGCUCCGUGCAACAUUGUGCUGCAAGGCAAUCAAUACAGUACCUUAAGUCACUUCAACCAUAAUGGAAAAGUAUGAAAAAUUAGCUAAGAUUGGAGAGGGGUCCUAUGGGGUUGUAUUCAAAUGCAGAAACAAAACCUCCGGACAAGUGGUAGCUAUUAAAAAAUUUGUGGAAUCUGAAGAUGAUCCUGUUGUUAAGAAAAUAGCACUAAGAGAAAUACGUAUGUUGAAGCAAUUAAAGCACCCAAACCUUGUGAACCUCAUUGAGGUGUUCAGGAGAAAAAGGAAAAUGCAUUUAGUUUUUGAAUACUGUGAUCACACACUUUUAAAUGAGCUGGAAAGAAACCCCAAAGGAGUUGCUGAUGGAAUGAUCAAAAGUAUAUUAUGGCAAACACUUCAAGCUCUUAAUUUCUGUCACAAACAUAACUGUAUUCACAGAGAUGUAAAACCUGAAAAUAUUCUAAUAACUAAGCAAGGAAUAAUCAAGAUCUGUGACUUUGGGUUUGCACGAAUUCUCAUUCCAGGAGAUGCCUACACUGAUUACGUCGCUACAAGAUGGUACCGAGCUCCUGAACUUCUUGUGGGAGACACGCAGUAUGGCUCUUCAGUAGACAUAUGGGCUACGGGUUGCGUUUUUGCAGAACUUCUGACAGGCCAGCCACUGUGGCCCGGAAGAUCAGAUGUGGACCAGCUGUAUCUGAUCAUCAGAACACUGGGAAAACUAAUCCCAAGACAUCAAUCUAUCUUCAAAAGUAACCAGUUUUUCCAUGGCAUCAGUAUUCCUGAACCGGGAGACAUGGAAACUCUUGAAGAAAAGUUUUCAGAAGCUCAUCCCAUGUCUUUGAAUUUCAUGAAGGAGUGUCUGAAGAUGAAUCCUGAUGACAGAUUAACCUGUGCCCAACUCCUGGAGAGCCCCUACUUUGAUUCUUUUCGAGACGACCAAAUUAAAAGAAAAGCGCGCAAUGAAGGAAGGAACAGAAGACGUCAGCAGAAUCAACUGUUGCCUCUCAUACCAGGAAGCCACAUCUCCCCCACACCUGAUGGAAGAAAACAAGUCCUCCAGUUAAAAUUUGAUCAUCUUCCAAACAUUUAGGAAAAUGUUCUUUCAAGUGGAAAGUGAUUUAAUAUGUACACAUUUCCGUACAAGAGAGAUAGGAAUUCUUAGUGUUUCAAAUGCAAAUGAGCCAUAUGAAAAUUAAGAUGCCUUCUAGAAUUGUUUUGCUCUGAUCAUUACUGAUUCCUCUGCCCGUGCUUUUUACACGCCAACUUUAUCUUCUAGAACAUUUUCUUUAAAUGUUAUGGAGUCUGAAACUGCACAUAUGGAGGAGACAUUUUCCAUUUCAUCAGAGCAGCCCCUCCUGAGGCAAUUUAUGUUGAGAAUUUGUGGGCUUGUACUUUGAUUCUUGAAAGAGAUUUACAUAUAUCGUUUUGGUUUACCUGACCACAUAAUGUCUUAGAGCAUUAUCCAAAUAGCUUGCCUAGCUGUUGUUUGUGCAGGGAAUGAUAUCAUGUUUCUUUUCUUUUCUUUUUUUUUCUUUCAAUUUCAAAAACUAACUUUAAUGAGGUAUGUUUUACAUAUAAUAAACGUACUUAUUUUAAGUGCAGAACUUUUCCCUGGAUUUCAGCAAAUGUAUACACAUGCACGGCCUGACCAAAGGAAGAUAUAAAACACGGUCAUCAAGCUUAAAAUGUUCUCCACAGCCUUUUGUAGUAAAUCUUCCCAAGAUCACUGGCCCCAGACAGCCAUGGAAAAACUAGUGAUUAGUUUUUCCUAUUUGGGGAUUUGAAAUCAAGGGAAUCAUAGAACCUAUAUUCUUUUGCACCUGACAACUUGUGCUCAGCAUGAUGCUUCUGAGAAAGGAAUGACAUUAUGUUUCUGCAUUUAAUCACUCUUGUUGUAACCAGGACUUUUGAGUAAUGCUGGAUUUUAUGUUGGUGCAGAAAGGGAGCCUGAAAUGUCAUGUAGUCUAUCCCUUGUUUCCAGGGCAGAUUCCAGAGCUACAAGGAAUUAUCAUGCUCAUCACAUAAUGCUGUCCUUUGGUACAUUAUGGUUUCUUACUCUUUUCUCCUGGCUCAGUCAUCUCAGUACCUAGACCUAUCCUGUGGGUGUGUUUCCUAAAUAGUUCACUGUCGAUACUUUUCCAAACAUUUGCAUCCAAAGCCUCUGUGAAUUUGUGCAGCCCUAAACUUGUGUAUCAUGCCAGAUCAGGUUUGUAAAUGCUUCCGACAGCAGAAAGAUUAUCUUUUCAGUUAACUUCAUUUUGUGUCUGCUACCAAAAAAGAGAAGCAAACAACAAGAUACCUCCUUAGGCAAGCCCAAUUUACACUGGGAUAUUUUCCCAAGUGAACUUGACAGAUAUUCCUACAUACAUACAUAUAUAAAUGUAUACACACAUAUAUAUACUUAUAUAUAUAUACAUAUAUAUGUACAUGUAUGUAUACACACAUAACACAUAUAUAUUUAUAAGUUUUGAGACAUCAUGGUAGAUGCCUUUUAUCCUAGACGUCUAAGAACAAUGCCGUCUGUGUAACGGACUUUUAGUUUGCUAACAAGGAACUCAUGUAAAAUAAUAGCAUGGGGUUGUCUAUCACUGUCUGGCAUAAAGGCACAAAAUAGUCAAUAAAUUAUGAAGGUUAUUAGCUCUUUUCUGCUCCUGGGUCUGGAAUGCUGACCUGAACGUUGUCAAAUUGUGCAAAUACACAUGAUUCCAGAAAUGCCUUGUAUCAGGAACCAAAAUAUCGAGCAUAAAUUGUUUUUAGGAAAACACACUAACAUCUGAUGUUCAUCCUCUAAAAGUUUAUUGCAUUUAUAAACAUGGCUAUGUAAACUUCUAGAGAAGCCUGUUGAGUUACUUGGGAGCAUCUCUUUACUUGGGAAUUAUGGCAUCUCAACAAUGGUUUCUUGCUCACCGGAAGAACAUUUUAAGUGGACUUAUUUGGCCAUUUAACAUGCUUAGUGUGAAUAUAAGCUGCUACGGUCUUCUUAUUGUCAUCUUAUCAUUAAGAAGGCACCUCUUCACAUUUGUAAGUUUCUUGCAUUUUUAAUUAGAUGAUGAUACCACAGGCACAAGGAAUUUGAGAAAUAAAAGAUAGAAGGCAUCUUCGAUGAAAGAUUUCUUUUUAUUUUCAUAGUGUUUUUAUCAUGUAAGCUUUCUUACUGCCAAGCCACUCAUGCUGCUCCAGCUCUCCUAAAUAUCUAGAUUCUAUCUCACACACACACACAUGCACAGAGAAGUUCAGAAUACACACAACUCCAAUACCCAUUUUGCUUAUAAUCAUGCUUCAGACAACAGUGGAGAGUUUGGUAAGGGUUGA